AUCAUCGCAUAGCCGGCGACGGAAUGGCCGCACUUGCUGUAGUAAGUACAUUUGAGUGUGACAGAGUGGCAAGAAAAACCGCUAGAUUUUGGGAAUUACCAAGGAGCCGACCAGGACGCGCUUUGUUGUUUUCCAAAUGAACUAAUUUACUUUCAGAUAAAGUUUAAUUUAAAUUGACACAUGGAGAACUUAAAUUUUGAAGAUCCGGAAUGGCAAACUUUGUUGAAUGCCUUGAGAACAUCGUGCCAAACGAAUGUCUAAAUCUAUGAAUUAAACUAAAGCUGUGGAGGGCAGCAGAUUUUAUUCAACUGAGCUACGGAUUUGAUCAAAACCACUGGAAUAACGGAGUUUGGAUAUAGCCUAGGGUUGGACAUGUAAAGGUGGGCUAAGCAAAUUCUAAUUGUGACAAUCCGACCCAGAGUUGGAGGAAUGCAUCAGGGAGGUACAAACUUACGGACAAUUGGACAAAUACGUAAUUUUUUAUCGCGAAACAUCAACUUUCAAGUAGAGUUUUAGUUCAGGACAACUCGAUUACAGUGAGUUUUCCCGUGAUUUCUCAAGCCACAUCUACAGUAGGACUGUGAAUAUUGGGAGUGCAACAUACUGGGAAUGCCUUUUUACCAGAACAUUCGUGGUGGAGAAAUGGGAUGACAAGGGGACAGCUGAGGUGAGACUGAUAAGGACAAUGGUUGUGCCCGGCGUUGGCAUCCCGCUCCUGGGGCGUCUGUUGCUGAUGCUGGUCCUGUUGUCUGCCUCUGAGUCGAGGCUCACUCAAGCUUGUUCUGGGCUCAUCAUUACGGGCUGCAGCUGUACAGAUGAACGUUCCAAAGCCCACGCCACUACGCCGUGCCGGAAAAGAGUCAGCUGCGACAGCGAAGAACUUUCUGAAACUCCAGAUCCGGGUCUGCUCCCUAACGGGACCGUUACUUUAAUUUUGAGCAACAAUCGGAUCAGGGUUCUGAGAAAUGGAUCCUUUCUUGGACUAAACGCCUUGGAGAAACUGGACCUCAGGAGCAACCUCAUCAGCACCAUCAUGCCUGGAGCCUUCCAAAGUUUAUCUGAACUUCGGAAGCUCGACCUGUCCAACAACCGCAUUGGCUGCUUGACUCCAGACAUGUUCCAGGGACUCACCCAACUCACCAAACUGAACCUCUCUGGGAACAUCUUAUCUACCUUGGACCCAGGGGUCUUCAAGGAGCUCGCCUAUCUUAAACUUGUGAACUUUAACUCUGACUUUCUGUCAUGUGACUGUGGGCUGCGCUGGGUGCCGGGUUACUUUCGCACCAGGACAGCCCGGCUGGGGGACGAGACAAUCUGUGCUUAUCCCAGGAACCUCCAUGGAAAGCCCCUGCGUGGACUGAGCGAAAGUCAGCUGAGCUGUGAUGGGCCUCUGGAGCUGCACACCCUGUCUCUCCUACCCUCCCAGCGCCAGGUGGUCUUCAAGGGGGACCGGCUGCCCUUCCACUGCACUGCCGCCCUGGUGGACAAAAUCACUGCGCUGCACUGGCGCCACAAUGGCCAGCUGGUGACCUCUGACCCUGAGCAGGGCGUCAGUCUAGAGACUAGCGUGGUGCAUGACUGCACCUUCAUCACCAGUGAGCUCAUCUUGUCCAACGUGCAUGUUGAGGCCAGUGGAGAGUGGAAGUGUGUGGUGGCCACUGGGCGGGGCAACACCUCCCGCAGCGUGGAAAUAGUGGUGCUGGAGAACAGCGCCUCCUUCUGUCCGGAGGAGAGAGUCACUAACAACCGGGGAGAGUUCAAGUGGCCCAGAACCCUGGCAGGUAUUACCUCCUACCAGUACUGUCUGCAGCUGCGCUACCCCUCCCUGUCCAUGGGGGGUACUGUGGAGCAGAAGCAGGCAUCACGAUACUGUGACCGCUCAGGGAGCUGGGAGGAGGGAGACUACGACAACUGUCUCUACACCAACGACAUCACACGGGUCCUACACACCUUCAUCCUGAUGCCCAUCAAUACCUCUAAUGCAGUCACUCUGGCACGUCAGGUGCGCACGUACACCAUGGAUGCAUCCAGUUUCACUGACACUAUGGACGUGAUGUAUGUGGCCCAGAUGAUGGAGAAAUUCAUGGAAUAUGUCCGACCAUUGCGAGAGCUGUCAGAGAUGCUGGUGGAUAUGGGCAGUAACCUGAUGCAGGUGGAUAAUCAGAUCCUGGCCCAUGCCCAGAGAGAGAAGAAAGCCUGCAGCUCCAUAGUCCACUCUCUGGAGACUCUGGCCUGGCCCCAGCUCCACAGCCAUGCUCAGGACCUCUCCACGCUCUCCAAGAACAUUGUAAUGGAGGCCCAUCUUAUCCGUCCGGCCCACUUCACUGGCAUGAGCUGCACAGCUUACCAACGCCGGGAGACCUUGUUAGGCAACCUGGGCAUGGAGGGGGCAGAGCCCACCCACGAACAGCAGCUCCGCUUCCGCUGCACCACAGGCACCCACAACACCUCCAUAAACAACUUCCCCAUGAAGAAUGCUGUAGCCCUCGCAUCUGUGGUUCUCCCUGCCUCUCUGUUCCCCCCGGACGCCCCGUCAGACUGUAAGCUUCAGUUUGUGGCGUUCCGUACAGGGAGGUUCUUCCCUUUCUCAGGGAACUUCAGUGGUCCUGGAGAGAACGCCCGCAGACGCAGUGUCAACAGCCCUGUCAUCUACGUAGGCCUAGACGGGUGCAGUAUGUGGAACCACUCGGAGCCCAUCUUGGUGUCCCUGCGCCACUCAAUCCCGGGAAGUGACCCAGUGGCGGCCCACUGGAGCCUGCAGGCUCUGCAGCAGCAGCAGGGGGGAUGGAGCCAGGAGGGCUGCCUACUGGCCCACACUGACUCUGCCACCUCGACCCUGCGCUGCUCUGUACUCAGCAACUACGCCGUGCUGCAGGAGGUUCCUGACUUCCCCCACUCCCCACCCAUGUCAGUGAGCGUACUCCACCCUGUGGUCUAUAGCUGUACUGCAAUCCUCCUCCUCUGCCUCUUCACCAUCAUCAUCACACACAUACUACACCACAGUUCUAUAAACAUAUCUAGAAAGAGCUGGCACACGUUACUCAAUACCUGCUUCCACAUCGCUAUGACCACAGCUGUCUAUGCAGGAGGCAUCACCCUGACCAGCUAUCCAAUGGUGUGCCAAGCAGUGGGCAUCGCUCUCCACUACUCCUCCUUGUCUACACUGCUGUGGAUCGGGGUCAGUGCUAGAGUCCUCUACAAAGAGGCGGUCUGGAGGAUGCCACGGCAAUCAGAGGGAGAGUCUCCUGUUCCAGCUACUCAGCGGCCUAUGCUCAGGUUCUAUCUAAUAGCUGGUGGUGUUCCUCUCAUCAUAUGUGGCAUCACUGCGGCUGUCAAUGUCAACAACUAUGGGGCCAACAGCCCUUACUGCUGGUUGGUGUGGCAGCCCAGUUUGGGGGCCUUCUUUGUCCCUGCAGGCUUGGCGGUAUUGGUCACCUGGAUCUAUUUCCUGUGCACUGUGUUUCGCCUGAAGCAGCGGGUGGCCAAAGAGUGCCCAGGAUCCUCCCUGUCCUCUCCUGUGCCUGAGAGCCAGCCAGCCCUGGGUGGAAGCAUUAGUCUCCUGUCAACAGACUCUGUGGUGGGGACCAUGCAUGCUGCAUUGACCCCAGAGGACCAGUACUCCCUGAAGGUGCAGUUCCUGGUGCUAGUGGCCACCCACUUCCUGUUCUUGGCCGUGUGGGGCUGUGGAGCCAUGGCCAUGUGGCUGACAGGGCACAGCAGCCUGUUGUUUAGCUCUCUUUAUGGGGUAGCUGCCACCGUGUCGGGAGUGUUCCUGGUGGUGCACCACUGCUUCCGACGCCUGGAUGUGCAGGCCUCCUGGCUGGGCUGCUGCCCAGGGUAUCGCCUCUCCCAGUCUAUGCCAGUCUACACGCACACCUGCACCACUGUUAGUGGGAUGCAGACCACCUCUGAACAGGGAUCCCAGAUCUUCGUUGGCUGCCAUCCUCCAGAGGAUCCCCAGAACUCCUCAUCAGCCAGGUCCUCCUCCAUCCCCAGUGGGAUCAGCAGUGUAGGCCCUGGGCAAUGCAAGCUUACCAACCUGCUGCAGGUGGCACAAGACAAUACCAACAAUGCCACUCAUGCCCCAGCAGGCACCAACACCAGCACCAGUACGGACAAUAACAACAAGCAAGCUAACAACCUGCUGCCCACCAUAGGCUCUGUAGCCCCUGUCCAACCUCAGAGGAGGAAGGUCAGUGGCAGAACUAAACAAGGGAUCAGCCAGUAUCACCACCGAGGUGAAGGCAGAGGUCACUACCGACUCAAAGCCUUGAGGGCUGGUGGUGGAGGGGGCAGUAUGGGAGCACUGGGGCCUACAGGUAUAGAGCAGCACAACGCUGCCCAUCCAGCCCACAAACAGGCCACUAGUGAGAACGGCAGCCUACAUCACAGCCACUCUGAGAGCCAUGCCAGCCCGCUAACCAACGGUAAUGGUAGGAGAGUGGGGGAGACAGUUGCUACCAGCCCCUCAGAGGGUAGUGACGGGGGCAGCAGUGGCAGCCGUAAGCCCUUCCCUCUGCUCCCCUCUGUGGCCAGCAGGGUGGCUAUGCAAGGUAAUAGGCGGAGCGCCAGCCGAGACAAUCUGAAACUGGCAGCGGCUGCAGAGCGUGAAGCUAAGCGCAGCUCCUACCCUCUGAACAACAUCACUACCACUGUGCCAGUGGUUGCCCCUAACGGCACCCUCAAGAGCUCUGUGAUAGAGCUGGAGUUGGACACAAGUGGCACGGACCAUUCCCAGAGCUCUGUGGGCAUGAAAAGUAUGUGGAAGAGUGAAACUACAGUGUGACUGUAGCUCUUUCCCAGCACAUGUCCACAGUGGACCCUGACAAAAUUUGAUAUGAUUGGACAGUUGUUAUAGUCUCUUAUGUCUAUUCAGAUUAAUCCUGAUAUGAGAUCCAUGUGUGUAACUCAGACUUUCGUGUAAAUGACAUUAAAAGAAUUGAACAAUUCUUCUAAUUUCAGAUGUGGAUCUCAAGUUAGGAUUCAGAUCAUGAUGAGUUUUUUCUUUUGAAUGUGUAAAAGAGCUAGAUUAUGGGGUUGUGUCGCUUGCUACUUUUGUGUCCAGCCAUUUAGCUUUCCAUUACAAUGAUGGUAUGGGAUGUGUAUGAAGACAACCAUGUCCUGUACUCUCAGCUCUGUCACAGACAUAACAACUGUUUGUUGGGUUUGCCAUGAAUUCAAGACCUGUUUUUUGUGUACUUUUGUUUUUCAUAUUUCAAACCUAAAAUGCUCAUUUAUUCUACACAUCACAGGAAUUUUUACUAGCUAUAUUUAAAAUCAACAUAAGAUGUUGAUUUUGGAUUCCUUAAGUAAAGCUUUAUGGUUUUGUUUGUAUUCUUAUUCUAUGCAUAUCGACUAUGGCAUGAAAUGGAAUCUAAGAUUGGCCAUUUCCACAGUAUGGCUGUGCAUUUCCUCUGUGAAGAAUCUUUUUGCUUUUAUUAUAUUUUCUUGUAGUAUUGUGGGUAUGUGGGCAUGUGUGUGUGCAUGUGUUUGUGUGCGUGAUUCUCAAUCUAGGAUGAGAGAAUGCAGUUUCUAAAACUUUUUUUACUAAAUCGUAUUGACUUCGAUUCAAAUACGCAUCAGCACUGAGAGGGAACUCCUCCCCUAAUAAACAGGAUUGAACAAGUAUCAGUAUUUGGACAAAUUAACUAGAGUGACCUUUCUUGACCCUGGCAUGUACUCUGUAAUGUCCAUGGUGAUUUCUUUAUAUGAACUUCCCCAUCCUUCUUCAUUUGUCCCCUUUCCCCUUACUGUGCUCUCUCCCCCUUGGAGUUUCAAAGCUCUGGAUUUACAGUUAUUUGAACAUGGAUGUAGACUGCCCCCUCCAGGAUUUCAAACAUCAUUGUUCAUGCACUGACAUAAAGGGACGCAUCAGUUUAAACCAUGUUGAGUUUGCCAUCUGUAUCAGGAGGAAGGAGAAUAUGGUAAUGAAUGUUUUAUUAUGCAGUGAAUAGCUCUGGUUUAUAUCACAUGAACCAAGAUAAGUGUUUACUGAAAUACCCCCCCCCACACACACACAUUCACCUCAUAAUCCAAUGGCUUCAAAGCUUGUUACAGUAAUCAUCAAAUACUUCUACACUAUUUGUUUAUGUUUAUGUACAAAGCUCAGAGUAAAGGCAAAAAAAAUGAAUGACAGAAUUCUGGUUCAUUUAUGCUACUUGGUUUUCUGAUGUUGCUUCACACACAUUAUCAUACAAUAUUGUGUAAAACCAUAUUAUGCAAUUUUGAUCUUCAGUAUUCUUUUAGUUUGUAAGAAUGCAACAGCUCAGUUCAUCUUAGAUACGCUCUGCUAAACAACUCCAAUGUAUUCAGGGAAAUGAUUGUGCCAAAGAAUUGUAUAGACUAGCAGAGCUUACCUCAACGUCAGUGUUUAGCAAAUGGGAUACAAUUCAUAGAUUGUAUCCUUAUUCUAGGUCCUGAAAUCUCCCUUUUGGUCAAUGAUAAUAACAUGAAGAAGAACUCACAAACUCACAAAGCUCAGAGUUGUGUUAAGUACAAAGCAGUGGUUGCACUUACCUUCCUCAUUAUUGUCUGUAGACAAAACACCAUGCAUGUUACACUCAUUUCCAUUAGGUGUAAAAUGUCAACACGUGCAAGAACACAAUGGCAGAAUGUGUCCUCUUUUUCACUAAUGGUUACUCAGAUUGUUAACAUUUCAUCCAUUUACUAACAUUGAUCCCAUUUGUCCUGAAAUGAUUUCCAAGUUUUGUGUCCACUCUCAUCUCGAAAUGAAAAAGGGAGAUUUCAAAAUGUUUUAUGUAUAUUUAUAUUUCAUUUGUCAUAAUGACAUCAGUAUGAAAUAACUGUUUUUAAUUCAAUAAUAUAUUGUUCAAGAAAUUCAGACUGUGCCUUGUAAAAUAAACUCUGAUGCAAAGUAAAUACAA